ACCAAAUGGGUUUAUUUGUAAUUUUCACAUUUCCCAUAACUUCGGCCUAUAAAGCUCAUGCGUCUUAGGAUCAAUCAAUUCCAAUCUAAUAUAAUCUUCUAUAUAUCUACCUAGUUCGUCUAGAUCCAGUUUGUUCUUAAUAUAUAUUGAAAAUUUAUAGAUAGAGAGGCAUAUAUAUGGGAUCAUUAGUGAAAGAGGAAACUUCGCCAUCGUUGAUGACGGAGUUUUUGGAGAAGUGCGGCGGUUAUGCGGUGGUGGAUGGAGGCUUUGCCACGGAGCUAGAACGCCAUGGGGCAGACAUCAAUGAUCCACUUUGGAGCGCCAAGUGUCUCAUUACUUCUCCACACCUCGUCACAAAGGUGCACUUGGAUUACCUAGAGUCUGGAGCAAACAUCAUCAUAACCGCAUCAUACCAGGCGACGGUCCAAGGGUUUGUGGCUAAGGGUUUAUCGGUGGGAGAAGCAGAGAGUUUGCUGAGGAGGAGCGUAGAAAUAACGUGUGAGGCACGUGAGAUUUUCUACAACAGAUGUACCAAGGGUUCUUGGGAUUUCGACCACGCCGGAAAAGAUUCCCGGCGACCAGUUCUUGUCGCAGCUUCCGUUGGUAGCUAUGGAGCUUAUCUCGCCGAUGGCUCUGAAUACAGCGGAAUAUAUGAGGAUUCUGUGAGCAAAGAGACGUUGAAGGACUUCCAUAGAAGAAGAGUACAAAUCCUAACAAAAUCUGGAGCCGAUCUAAUCGCAUUCGAGACCAUUCCAAAUAAGCUCGAAGCGGAGGCUUAUGCGGAUCUUCUUGAGGAGAAAGACAUUGACAUUCCAGCAUGGUUCUCGUUCACAUCAAAGGACGGAGUCACUGUGCCACAUGGAGAGUCAAUUAUAGAAUGUGCGAAAGUGGCAGAUUCUUGCAAGCAUGUGGUGGCCAUAGGAAUCAAUUGUACUUCACCAAGAUACAUUCACGAUUUGAUUAUCUCUUUACGCAAGGUGACUCGCAAACCGAUCGUUAUCUACCCAAAUAGUGGGGAAGUCUACGACGGUCUAAACAAGAAAUGGAUUAAAUCAGAGGGAGAAACGGAGGAGGAUUUUGUGUCGUAUGUGAGUAGAUGGAGAGAUGAAGGAGCAUCGUUGUUUGGAGGAUGUUGCCGGACUACUCCAAACACCAUCAGAGCCAUUGCUAAUGUUCUCUCCUGUGACUCUCCGGCACCAUCCAAACUCAAGUUCCGACAGUAGACUUGUCAACGAUGAGUUUUCUACACUUGUGGUGUCAGGUUGGAGUUGGACAUGUAGAUUAACGCAGGUGUUAUAAUUGUGCAAUCAUAUAUACGUAACUUAUGGUGUUUAAUCUGUUUUUUUUUUUUCCUUUUGGUUAUAUAUAUAGCCUUUAAAAAAAUGGUAGCUACGUUAGAGACAAGUGUGUGUAUGGUCUCAUGAUGGGAGUAUAAGUGAUGUAUUGAUGUUGAUGUGGAAGAAACAUAUUUCUACAAACGUGCUGUAAAAAAAAACGAUUAGCGGAUAGAUUGUGUUUUAUUGAAAUGAAUGGUAUUAAACU